AUGAACAGGCGACCCAUAACUGAUUCCACAUCUCCGGCAGAUGCCAUUAAACAAUCAUGCAAAACGCUCGCCUACGAUUUGAUGACAUACUAUAAAGGCAACGAGUCUGGACAGACACCAGGAAUCCUCCCCGGUCCGCCACCUGCGGGUGAUUACUACUGGUGGGAAGGCGGUGCGUUGUGGGGAACUAUGAUUGAUUAUUGGCAUUUGACGGGCGACGACACCUACAACGACGUAGUCACUCAAUCCCUGCUGUGGCAGGUCGGCCCCAACAAGGACUACAUGCCGCCGAACGUCACGGCAUCCCUUGGCAAUGAUGAUCAAGGCUUCUGGGGCAUGACGGCCAUGCUUGCCGCCGAGGAGGGUUUUCCGAACCCGCCGGAGGACGAACCGCAGUGGCUGGCUUUAGCACAGGCUGUCUUCAACACCCAGGCCGACCCUCAACGACACGACAAGUCGUGCAACGGAGGUCUGCGGUGGCAGAUUCCCUUCUCCAACAAUGGAUACAACUACAAGAACAGCAUUGCCAACGGCUGUUUCUUCAAUCUUGGCGCUCGCUUAGCCCGUUACACCCAGAACGAUACGUACGCCAAAUGGGCCGAGGAGACGUGGGACUGGGUCCGCGGCGUGGGUUUUAUGGAUAACGACUACAACAUUUACGACGGAGCCCAUGUCGAGCACAACUGUACUGAUAUCAACAAGGCCCAGUUCUCUUACAACAACGGUGUCUUUCUCCUGGGAGCCGCCUACAUGUACAACUAUACCGAAGGAAGUCCGAGGUGGAAGACGGAACUCGACAACCUGCUCGACGCUACUCUGAAGGUCUUCUUCCCCAACAACAUCGCCUUCGAAAUCGCCUGCGAAGAGCACAUGACCUGCACAACAGACAUGUUGAGUUUCAAGGGUUACGUCCAUCGGUGGAUGUCAACCAUCACGCAGGUUGCCCCAUACACGGCCGAAAAGAUCCAGCCCGUCCUGAAGCAAUCAGCGACAGCGGCCAUCAAUCAAUGCACCGGUGGGGACAAUCAGCGAACCUGUGGAUUUGGCUGGGCAAGUGGCGCUUUCGAUAAUAGCGUUGGUGCAGGCCAGACGAUGAACGUUCUUGCGGCAGUCUCUUCGCUCCUCAUUGGUGGCACCAAGGCACCCUUUACAAACGAUACUGGCGGUACUAGCGGCGGUGACGUCAAUGCGGGACAAGGAAGUGAUACUUUCUCCAAUACUCCAACAACGAUAGGCACAGGAGAUCGGGCAGGCGCGGGUAUUCUGACACUCUUGAUCCUGGCAUCUACAGCAGGUACCUUCGGCUGGAUGAGCACGGGUCUAUGA